GCAGGGAACUGGGAGAGCAGCAAGGCGGCCGAAACCCUGGCACUGAGUCGUCCUCUCUAUGGAGAGGUGUGUGGCAUCACAUCACUCAAGCAGCGCUGCCCGGCACCUGGUGAAGGAGUUGAGACAGAUGGGUCAAGGCGUCUAACUCGUGGCUCUAAAGAAAGAGGAACUUGGAAGUAAAGCCAAGAAGUCAGAGUGGGGAUCGGGGAUUAAAAAAACAAAAAAAGGCGUAAACUGCAGAGAGCCCUCUGGCACCUGAAAGCCACGGCAGAUUAAAGACGUAGAAGGACGAGACAGGAAGGAGAGCUCGAUACACACAGAUAGGUGGUGCUUAAGGGAGGUGUAGACUCGCAGAGUGACAACCCGGGGAGAGCGAUGUUCAUGCUCAUUCGGGAAGGCAACAGCACCAUGAAUACGACCAACAUCGAGACCAAGGAGCGGUCGGACAAGCAGGUCAAAGCCUCCAUCAAAAAGAAGGUGGAGAAGCAGCAACAGCAACGAAAGAGCGUUGGGGAGAUGGCUCAGAGAAGGGGCUCCAUCUCCUCCUUACAGGGUGACCAGUCCCGGCUCCCCGACGGAAACUCUCGCAGUUCCUCGUUGCGCAGCCUAGAUGAUGGAGGGGCUGGAGCGGGAAAGUCAGCCAGCGCUUCUGCCGAUGAGGAGCUGGAGGCACCAGAGGGGCUGUAUCCCAUCGUCGACUCAGUCUUUGGUCAGGACCGGGAACUGAGGCCAGAGGAAAUUGAAGAGCUGAAGGAAGCCUUCAAGGAGUUCGAUAAAAACCGGGAUGGGUUCAUCAGCUGCAAAGAUCUUGGCGAGUGCAUGCGGACCAUGGGCUACAUGCCCACCGAGAUGGAACUCAUCGAACUAAGCCAGCAGAUCUGUGGGGGCCGAGUGGAUUUUGAAGACUUUGUGGAGUUGAUGGGACCCAAGAUGUUGGCCGAAACAGCAGAUAUGAUUGGAGUCAAGGAGCUCCGGGACGCAUUUCGAGAGUUUGAUUCCAAUGGGGAUGGCCAGAUCAGCACAGCCGAGCUUCGGGAGGCCAUGAAGAAGCUUCUGGGCCAACAGCUGAAUCCACGAGAGAUCGAUGAGAUUGUGAAGGACGUCGACCUCAAUGGGGACGGACUGGUGAGCUUUGAAGAGUUUGUCCGCAUGAUGUCCCGCUGAAAUGCUGUUCUGGAUGGGUCUGUGUGCUCCUCCUCUGUCCUGCUGUGAAACCAAACUUCAGGGACACUUUAGGCCAUGACCAGCAGCUGCAAUGUCUAUUGUGAAAGGCACUACAAAAAAAUCCUCACCAUACUGGCAAUUGAAGAAAAAGAACCAACUCCUACCCCCUAAACCAACCCCUCAACCCACCAGCAUGAAGAUCUCCCAUGUGGUUUGUCACGUUAGCCAGAUUCCUGACUGGGAAGCUAAUUCCUCUUCUUUCAAACUAGACUCUGGACCGGUGACAGUCUUGCCUUCAUGUCAAGGCUGAAGACCCUCUGGGAGUUUUUAAAAUUGGUACGAUAACUCUUUGAUUAAAAUGAGCCUGGUAAACUUUUUUUUUUUUUUUUUAAUGAAAAAUGUAUGUUUAUUUAUUGAAAUAAACACAAAUGUGAUGGGUACUGUAUGUGAAACUGUGUCGAGAGCUCUGAUUGGGGAAUCUGUAAAGCUACGAGUGAAACACAGGUAUCACUGGGUAAAUGAAUAACUACCAAAAGGGUACAGGAAGAGACCCUCACUCACUCAGGCACAGAAGAGCUGAGUUCCGCUCGCAGCGCUCCGAGAUGGUCUUUGUGCGGCCAACUGAAGGUAUUCUCCC